AUGAGGUUCCACACAGGAGAGAAACCGUACAGCUGCUCCGUUUGCGGCAAACCAUUCUCCCAGAGGCCAAACCUGAUCCGUCACAUGAGGUGUCACUCAGGAGAAAAACCUUUUGGCUGCUCGUUCUGCGAUGCUAGCUUCGCCGUGCGGAGCGCUCUGGUCAAUCACAUGAGGAUCCACACAGGAGAGAAACCGUUCAGCUGCCCGUACUGCGAGAAAAGCUUCACACAGAAGGGCGGUCUGAAGAAACACAUGACGGUCCACACAGGAGAGAAACCGUACAGCUGUCCCGCCUGUGAUAAGAGUUUUUCUCAGAAGGCGAACCUGACGUACCACUUCUCAGUGCACACGGGACAGAAACAGUUCGGCUGUAGCGUUUGUGACAAAAGGUUCACGUGGCAGUCGCAGGUCAAAAGUCACAAGUGUGUCGAAAAGUCCCAUGUCACAGAGCAGAGACACACGUCCUUCUCUCAUGAAGACAAACUACAAAUCAUGCACCGAGUCACAGGCCACGCCCCCUAA